ACGUCGCAUUCAUUGCAAAUAUCAAACCGGCACCACCUAACCUAACCCUAAACCCGGUCCGAUUUUUCUGCGAAUCGCAAACUCGGCGUCGACUUUACUCUCUCUCUCUCUCUCUCCCCCGCUCUUCAUUCGAGAACGAGACCAAAAGCUCAAAACCCCCCAAAACCCUAACCCUAACCCUAAACCAUGGCGUACAAUACAAACCCUUCGAAUCCCAACGAAGACCACAAUCGUCGACUCUACAACCCUUACCAAGACCUCCAACUCCCAAUCCAAACCCUGUACAAGCUCCCAACCUCGCCGGAGUUUCUCUUCUCCGAAGAAUCCCUCUCUCAACGCCGGUCUUGGGGCGAAAACCUAACCUACUACACCGGAAUCGGAUACCUAUCGGGGUCUCUCGCCGGCGCCGGAAAAGGACUCGUAGAGGGAAUCAAGGCGUCGGAGAAUGGUGAUUCGGUGAAGCUGAAGGUGAAUCGGAUGUUGAACGGGUCGGGUCAUGCGGGUCGGAGGUUGGGGAGUCGGGCAGGGGUGAUGGGGUUGUUGUAUGCGGGGAUGGAGAGUGGGAUGGUGGCGAUUAGGGAUAGGGAUGAUGGGGUGAAUUGUGUGGUGGCGGGCUUGGGGACUGGGGCGGUUUAUAGGGCGGCCGCGGGGGUGAGGUCGGCGGCGGUGGCGGCGGCGAUUGGUGGUGUGGUGGUGGGGAUGGCGGUGGCGGGGAAGCAGCUUGUGAAGAGAUAUGUUCCGAUUUGAAAGGGCUUGUUUGGUUUGUUAGCUUUAAACUUAUUGAAUUUUAUGCUUUCUAAUAGAUCUAUUUUUCUUUAGUUUGUUUGGGAUGAAUAAUUUUUUAAUUUUAUUAUAUCAGUAGAAAAGUUUAUAUUUUGCCAUGGAAAA